CUUUAACACUAGAAGUGGGAUUUGUGCCCAAGGAGGGGGGAGUCAGGGCAUACUGGGGAGCUCCUGCUGCCUGUUUUACAGCCCUGAUCCCCCCUGGUUGAGCACAGCCUCAUCCCAGCACCUUCCCUUUGGUACAGAGCACCCCAGGAGCGCGCUGAAGGCAGAACAGCUGAAGAAGAACUUCAGCCUUGUGGUCAGCAGAGAUCCUGUGUGGGUCCUCUCGGUUUCUGUUAGUUCAGAACUCAAAACUGAGCCCUUGUUUAUUUUUAAGCCUCUGUUUCUGGUCAAGGUGUCCACAAGCCUUUGCUUUCCCUCUCUUUGCUGCCCCUCUGAACCCUUCCCAGGGGGCUGUGCCCCAAAUUUGAGGGGGCUUAUGGCACAGAGAUGCUGCUCUCCUGGCAUUGCUCUCCUGAUGCUGCCUGGCCCCAUGCAAAAAAAAAAACCCAUGAACUUUGUCCAGAUGGAAUCCCACAGCUCAGGAAAUGCUGCUUGGAUGUGAGCAGAAGUGGGGAAACGAGUGGUGAAUUCUGCCCUGUGGGGUUUCUGUGCUCUUUGUGGCUCCUUGAGCUUCUCCAGGUUUAUGCUUGUGUGGAACAUCAGGUGUGGGUCUGACCCAGCAGUGCUGUGCUGGGCAUGGGGCAGAGGUGAUGCUGUGCGUGCUCCCAUUUGGGGAGCUGAUGUCUGGGGUCCUCCCAGUGCUGUUUGUCUUGUAGCAGCCGAAAUCAGAGGUCCUUUGGGCCGGGAGCUGAACUGUUGGUAAGAGCUUAUCCCACAUCACAGAACCACAGAAUGGCCAGGGUUGGAAGGGGCCUCAAGGAUCACAAAGCUCCAACCCCCUGCCAAAUGCAGGGCCGCCAACCUCCACAUUUAAUACCAGCCCAGGCUGACCAGGGCCCCAUUCAACCUGGCUUUGAACACCUCCAGGGAUAGAUGGGGCAUCACAGCCUCUAUGGGCAGCUGUUCCAGCACCUCACCACUCUCAUAGCAAAGAACCAACAACAUGAGGUGAGUUUGGGUUGGUUGCAGAGCCAGAUGGGAAUCCAGGAGGGUCUUUGCAUGCAGCCGUGCUGCUUUGCUUCUCCUCCUCAUCCCUCCAAGGCUUUGGAAUGACGUUCCCCAAGGCACAGCACCCCUGUGCUGGUUCCAUCCCACCCUACAGCACUGGGAGGUUGGUGUGAGCAUCACUGCCUCUUCCAGCCCUUCUGGGUCAGUUCUGAAAUAGAGAACAGCCCUUCACCCCCAGUUCACUUAGUCCUUUUCAAAGCACUGUGGUUUUUCGUUCCGUUUCCUUUAAAUAAUGUUCCACAAAGUUGAAACCGUAGGGCUGGUGCUUUUUUUUUUUUUACCCAAAAUGAGAAAACUGAAAGAUGAACAAGCUACAUUGUGGUUUGGAUGGCAGAAUCGAACAGAUUUCUGUGCUGGAGACUGCAGGGCUCUCCAGCCAAGUGGUCGUGGAUGGAGAACACAGUGGGUGGUGGCAGAGCUGGGUUGGUUCAUGCAGGUACUCAAGGGAUGAUUUUUGUGUUGUGCCAUAGGGCUGUGUCAGCUCCGGUCGCACUUCCAGCACUGCCUUCAUUUUUGGGCAAGUCUCUCUAUAGGUACAAUAGCUCGAAACGGUUUUGUUCCCUGGAGAGAGAGGCUUUGAGGUUUGAACAUUUAUAAAACGCUUUGAGAUCUGCAGAUAAAGGAGAACCAGACAAUAAGCAGCCAACGGAGCCGUGCCAGACAAAUCCCCCAUAUCACCACAACAGAGCCGGGCAGGAUGGGGUGGGGAUGGCUUUUGUUAGAGGGCAAACAGCCUCUCCAAAGCUGCCAUGUGGACGUGAUUGGAGGGGUGCAGCCAAGCCCUGACCUUGGCCGUUCACAGAGCUGGUGCCAAGGGGAUCACAGCUGUGGGUAAGGGCGCUUUGAGCUUUUCCCUGCGCUUCUCAUUGCCCGGGAUGCUCUUUGCCUGUUUUGCUCCAUGUUCUCAACUCCCCAGGCAGGGCAUCAUAAACCACCCCCCUCUCCCCCCUCGGUAAACUUAAUCCACACCAUAAACCUCGUUAACUUUCUUUUAAGUGCCUCUGCCUGUCCUUAGAGUGAACUCUGCCGUCCCCAAACAAAGGCAGCGGCGGUGGGCAGGGACGGGGCGGCCGGAGGAGGAGCGCAGGGAUGGGACGCUGAGCGCAGGAUUGCAGCUGUGUUGUGGACAUGGCAGCACUGCACGGACUGCACAGGGGUUUGGAUGAAAGACCGGGAUCAGGUUCCUGGGGAACGGGAGAUCAAAACAGCUCCACGUUUGACCAAGGAAGGCAGAGCUAUGGUGAAGGCCCCCAUUAUGGUGAGCACCGGGACCUGCCGUCGCACAACAGCUUGUCUUCAUCUCCAUUCCUGGGACCUGGACUAGUGGGGAAGAGCGGUGAAAGAGCCUCGUACUCCACUUUUGGAAGAGACGCCGCCGGGAUGCCAGGGCUGAGCCAGACUGGUUUCCUGCCCAGCGAAAUGGGAAUCGCCAGUCCGAGCACGCUUUCCCCCACCGGAGUGAAGGGGGGGUCUCAGUAUUUUUCUUACCCCAACAAUCCUCGCAGGAGAGGUGCUGAGAGCAGCAUAGCAGAUGGACAGCCCAAAAAGGUUCGGAAGGUGCCUCCUGGACUCCCCUCCUCGGUGUAUCCAUCCAACUCAGGUGAUGACUACAGCAGGGAUCCGGCUGGAUACACUCCCUCAAAACCUCCCAGCACUGUAUACCCCGGAGCCUUCUAUAUGGCAGACGGGCUUCACAACUCGCCAGACCUGUGGAGCUCCCCUGGUGCCAUGAGCCAGUCCAGCUACGGGGCCAUGCUGGGCAGUUCCUCCUCCCCUCUCCCACAGUCUGCCAGCUUCAACAGUUUACAUCAGCACGAACGCAUGAACUACCAGCUGCAUUCAGGAGAGGUGAAUGGCGGGCUGCCCUCCGUGUCAGGCUUCUCCUCUGCCUCCACCCCAUAUGGCGUCUCCAGCCACACACCGCCGAUCAGUGGGACCGAGACCAUGAUGGGUAACAGAGGAACCACGGCUGGGAGCUCGGGAGACGCUCUUGGGAAGGCACUAGCUUCAAUUUAUUCCCCAGAUCACUCUAGCAAUAACUUCUCAUCAAACCCCUCCACACCGGUCGGCUCCCCGCAGGGCCUUGCAGGCACAUCCCAGUGGUCUCGAGCGGGCGGACAGGGUGCCUUAUCUCCCAGCUACGAAGGGAGCCUCCACACUUUACAAAACAAAAUGGAAGACAGGUUGGACGAAGCCAUCCACGUGCUGAGGAAUCACGCCGUGGGCCAGACGGCCGCCAUGCCAAGCAACCACGGGGACAUGCAUGGGCUGCUGGGCUCUGCUCCCGCACACAGUGCUGCUGUGGGCAGCCUGGGCCAGGCCUUCCCUGCCUCUGUCAUGUCCCUGGGGGGUCGACACCCCAGCCUGGUGGGAGGAGGUCACCCUGAAGACGGGCUGUCCAGCACCCCCAGCAUGCUCCACAACCAUGUCACACUUCCAUCACAGCCCAGCUCACUCCCUGACCUCAACAGGCAGCAGGACACGUACAGUGGCUUGUCAGGGGGGCUGGGGCGAAGCAGCGUCUCCUCGGGAACCAACGAGAUAAAGAGGGAAGAGAAGGAGGAUGAGGAGAACACAUCAGUGGCAGAUAACUCUGAAGAGGAGAAGAAGGAGCUGAAACCCUCCCGGAAUAGAACAAGGUGCUCUUUGAACAGUCAAGAUGAGGAUGAGGAGGACGAUCUUCUUCCCCCAGAGCAAAAAGCCGAGAGAGAAAGAGAAAGGAGGGUCGCCAAUAAUGCCCGUGAGCGCCUGCGGGUCCGGGACAUCAACGAGGCCUUUAAAGAGCUCGGACGCAUGUGCCAACUCCACCUAAACAGCGAAAAACCACAGACCAAACUGCUAAUCCUCCACCAGGCCGUAUCAGUCAUACUGAACCUGGAGCAACAAGUUAGAGAGCGCAAUCUGAACCCCAAAGCUGCCUGCUUGAAACGUCGGGAAGAGGAGAAAGUAUCCGGAGUGGUGGGAGACCCCCAGAUGACACUUUCAGCUUCGCAUCCUGGUCUCGGAGACGCUCACAACCCCGUUGGACACAUGUAAAGAUCCUUUUGUUCCUCUGGACGCGGAGAUCCACAGGAUGCGAAUCCUCGCUGCGAUCUGCGACCUUCCCGACCCAUAAACUUUAGUCCUGCUCAUACUGACACACGUGGACGGAUCCUGGCGUGACGUAAGGGGUGGAAAAACACUUUGAAACGCAAACAAACAAACAAACAAAAUUGCCUUAAGUAUAAAGCGCGGAACAGUCAAUACAUAUCACUCAGUUAGGAGGGGGUGGCGUGUUCUCUUGGCUUGUUCACAAGCAGCCAGCAGCAAAAUUGUGCCUAAGCUUCGUAUUUCUCUCUCUUUUUUUUUUUUUCUUUUUUUUUUCUUUUUUUAAACAAACAAACGAAAAGAAAAAGAAGGAAAAAAAAAAAAAAAGAAAAAAAAAAGACCAUUAGUGACGAGGUUUUUUUACGUAGAACAAAUUAGCGACGCCUUUUGGGCUCUGUGUUUUUUUUUUGUUCUGUUUUUUAGCUUCUUUUGCCUAUGUUUUGUAAGCGACGAAAAGGAACUUUUUUGGGCUUUGUUUUAUUUUUGUUUGUUUGUUUUAUUUGUUGUUUCGUUUGGGGUUUUUUGUUCUUUUUUUUGUUUUUUUUUUUUGUAUAAAAAAAUGUCUUGUACCCCCACGCUUUUCUGCUGCUGUUUCUAUAGUUAACGUUGCAUCUUUAGGAUCAACCAGAAUAUUAAAAUUGUAUUAAGAGAGACUGGAUAUAAAGAGAGGAAUUCUCACAUUCGGCUCUGAAAGCCACUAAAAGCGAAUGUAGCCACAGCAAGGAGGUGUUGGUCCUUGCCCGGCUUGUACCUUCCAUGACAAAACAAACUCGUGCUGAAUUCUCCAUCUUUUUGCUUCGGCCACUUCUGAUUUGGGAGAAGGAAAUCAACCAGCGGCCUGCAGCAGCUCCUCCCAGGAGGAAAAAUCCCCCAUUGCGGGGCUGCGCCGGCUCCCCUUCGCUCCUGUUGGGUGCUGGCCCAGGAGCGCCGUGAUGGGAGGACAGGAGCACGGGCUGUGGAAGGGAACAGAGGAUGGCUGCGUUCCCAAGGUAAGCAGAGCUGCUGCAGAUGAAAGCUGCCCACGCCUGCAAGCGGCCGCCUGGAGCCCGAGGCUCAUCCAGAGGCAGCGCUGAACAAAGAUGACCGAACAAAGCUGGAGGCAUUGGGAAGAUGCGGUGGCAGAUGAAGCAGCAGCGUUGAGGACGCAGUGCCUGGUGCCGUGGGAGCGGAUGGACGCACAGACACAGGCAGCUCAGCCCCCUGCCGUGGCUGCGGUGGGAUCCCAGCCCAGAGUCGCAACCGUCGGGAAGCGGCAGCUCUGCAUCGUGCUGCUGCAUCUCCUGGAGGUCACACUGUGCCCAUCCUGCCGUGGGGCAGCCAAUAUCAUCUGCAUAGGCAGGAAAGGAAGGCAGCAGUGGGCACCCACCCCACACAGCACUCCGGCAGCCAAGCUGUGCUGCUCUCCCUUCGCUCUGAGCCGCACCGGGUCACCCCAGAUGUGCCCAGCAGGAGGAGAGCCCAAAGCAAGAAGGCUGCAGGAGGUGCUGAGCCCUUCUGAUGUUGGCAGUGGAAGAUCAUCCGCCGGGAUUCUGGGUUGUUUUUUUUUGUUUCUUCCCUUUCCUUCGCCAAAAUCACUUCCAAAAUGUUUUCUGCCCGCUUCUUUCCAGCUCGGUGGGCUGAUGGUGUCAGUGCUCCAGGACGAUGCCAUCCCCCAUUCCAGCAGCAUCUGCAGUGCCCUGGAAGUGGGUCAGCUGCCUCCAUGGGGCAGGACAGGCCGUGCGGACAGCAAGCAGGGUCUGUCUGUGUCCUUUGUUUUUGGGCCCUGUGUUCCUGGGAGAGCUGUAUUGCUUCAGUACAGGGAGAGGGAAGGGCUAGCAAGCAGCACUGGGUCCUGUGGCAUUUCCUUGGUGUAACCUUGUGCUUUGUAGCUCCGCUUCGUGCUCUGGCAGAGGUUGCUGGAAGCACUCAGGAUGUUGCUCAUCAUGGCAGUAGCUCAGAAUGGGGCUGGGUGCUGGAGCAGGAUGGGAUCAUCUCUCCCUGCUGGGACUCUGCAAGGUGUAGGAGGCCAUGUUGGAUGCUUCUGGCUUUCCCUGCUCCCAGCAUCACGUCUAUGGAGUGAGACCUGAGAGCAGGGCAGCCUCCUGCACCGCGCCGUGAGCUCGCUGGCUUACAGCACUCCUGCUCUGGGUUCUGCCUGUGGGACAGCCCUGCAGCAGAGCUGGGUUGUCCCCGUCCCCCCCCCCCCCCCAGAGCACCCUGCAAAAUCCCAGCCCUGCGAGCCCAAAACCAUGCAGAAAGCUUUAGAAGUGCUUCCCUGACAUGUUGAUUUAGCAACAAGAAUUUGAGAAGGUGGUCGUGUACAGAUGGAUUGAAAGAAAAUCUCCGAUUUUAAAAGGAAAAAAAAAUCUUACAAAAAAUCCAUAAGCUGUCAGCAAAAUUGAAGAUUUCUUGUUAGCAAAAAGUAGCCAACUUCUUGGCAGGGCACAGACAAAGGGCCCUCGAGCACAAACCGCGCUGUGCCAGAGCUUGGGGAGGUUUUGGUGCCUCUGUUCUGCACAGGGCAGCACAGUGGGGACGUGGCAUUGCUGUGCCUCUGCUCGUGUCUCACCCUGCAGCGCUGAGCUGCAGGGCAGGAGCUGGGUCACAGCCUGUGCACCUCGGGGCUGGGAGCAGCAGAUGCUCUGCUGGAGCUGGGGCAGUGCAGGAUUGUGCUUUGCCGUCCCCAUCGCUCGGGGGAUGGGAUCUGUCUGCUUGGCAUUGGGAGUUUUUGUCCCCUCUGGAUGAGAAAUGCAGAGUUGCGAUGUGGGACCUUCCCAGCUGUCAUUUGGGCGAGCAGCCGGCGCGGUGAGACGGUUUCUUUGAGGUUAUGCUUGAGCAGGAAGGGCAGAAGCAGGCUGGGAUUUCCCCAGGAGUCUGCAAUUUCAGGUUCAGUGCAGCAGCCUCUCUCAAAGGCGCUUUGUGUCUGAGGCAUCUGAAGCCAGCAGAGCCCUCAACCCCCUCAGCUGAGGCCUUUGAGAGCCAGGAGGCUUCUGAAUGCCCGUUCCCAUUCCCUCUGUCCCUGAGUUUUGCCUUUAUGGAGUGAUGUCUCAGUGGAGCCUGCAGCCCUGCUGCGUGCUGUGCCAGCCCCUGGCCUGGGGCUUUAGAAUAGAGCUGGGGAUGGGGAGGAGAAGCAGCACUGGGCUGGGACAAGCAUGGCCAACCCACAGCAAGCCACGGCCGCUGGAUUCCCCAUUCCUGCUUAACACCAGCACUAGCAAGACCUGAUCGCUGUACACAGGCUUGCACGAGGUCUUUGCCCUGUUAAAUCCUAUGCAACCCCCUCUCCUCUCCCUCAGGGCCCUGCAGGUCCCAGCCCAGCCCCUUCUCUCUGCUCUGUGCCCGCCGAGCCCCGGUGCUCUCAGGGCGCAGCUUCAUUUCCAGCAGCUCCAAAAGCAUUUCCAGACCUGUGCCCUGAGACCGCGGGUCGGAUGAGCGGCGAGAAGCAGGAGCAGCUCCCAGCACUGACCUGGGGGGGACCCAGGCCUGUCCUGGGGCUCUUCAUGCACGCUUCCCCCCUCCUGUGCCUUCUGCACGCUGCUCCACCAGCAUCCUCCACCCUGCAGUGGUUGGGAACGGAGCUCUUGGGCUGCUCUGCCGGCACCCGGUUCAGCUGCUCUUCCUUUGGGCAGGAGCAGGGGCUCCAAGCCAGUAUUUCUGUCCCUGGGUCCCGUGCCACCAGCCCCGCUCCAGCUCGGCACCCGUUGCAGUGGAAGGAGGGCAGAGAAAAGCCCUCUCAGCCCCUUACACCCGCAGCUGCAGUGGGGAAGCAGCGGGGCUUUACGCCCCAAACCCGGGCUGUGCUGAGGGUGCAGCAGAGCAUCCCUGCAGCCGUGCUGCCUCCCCACGGCCCCAAAUCACCCGAAAGCCACCAGCGUCCAAGCAAACAGCAGCAGGGGGACGUGGGGAGGCUCCCCACCAGCAGCUUUGGGUUGUGGGGUGAGAGGGGCACCAAGCUGGGGGGGUGGGAGCGAUUCGUUUUGCAAGGAGCUGGUUGGCAAAACGAAGCAUCCCAUGGUUUGCUCUUUCUAUAUAUUUUUGUAGGACAGGGCGGGAUGGGAGAGCAGAUGGGAGAUGGCUGCAGAAGUUAUUUUUCACCCCAUAUAAAGUUUUAGGUUGGUUUCGGGGUGGGGUUUUUUUUUUUUGGCCUUUAAAUAAGAAAAAAGAAAGAAUAAUAAUGAAAUGGUCCUUGCUUUUGAUGUCUAUGCUGCCUACCUGUAAAUCCAGAUGUACUUAAGUGGCUGAAAUCCUUGUUCUUAAAUCAGAUACACAUUAUAGUUUUGAACUAUAUAUAUAGUAAAUAUAUAUAUAUAUAUGCCUAACCCAGCAAAAAUUAAGAAAAAAAAAUAAGAAAAUAAAGUAUUUGGGGGUGGGGAAAUGCGUUGCUCUUUGAAAUGAAUCACAAUUGGGGGAUGAAAUUGUGUUUCUGAGUGCCUCGAGAUAAGAAUUGUUUUCAUUUUUUUAAAUAAUUUUAUACAAGUGUCAAAACAGCUGGCUGGAUUAUUUGGAAUUUUUAAAUAAUCCUAACUUUUUUAAAGUAGAUUUUGAGAACUGUCCUGUAUAUAACAGUAAUGUAGCAAUAAAUGUGACAUUUUAUAACAAUA